AUGUCCGAACAAGUGAUCUCUGAUCAUAGCGAGGUGGACAAUGAUCAUGAAAACGAGACUCCUGAAGCGGAUCAAGAUGACAUUGACAUUCUUGGAGAAUAUGAAGACGAUGCAGAGGAAAUCGAAUUAACACAUUUGCGUAUUAAAGACCUAUCUAAUUUAGAUCUUGCUCGGUUUCAAAAUUUAAAGAAAUUGUGUCUUCGACAAAAUCUUAUUACUAAAAUUGAAGGUUAUGAAACUAUGACGAACUUGGAGGAUCUCGACCUUUAUGAUAAUCGAAUAUCAUAUAUUGAAAAUUUAGAAAUGUUGAAAAAUUUAGUAUCGUUAGAUCUGUCUUAUAACAAAAUCAAAGUGAUUGAAAAUUUAGAAGAGCUUACUUGUUUAAAAAACUUAUAUUUUGUUCAAAACAAAAUAACCAUUAUUCAAAAUUUGGAUUCACUUAUAAAUAUAAUCAAUUUGGAGUUGGGCGGAAAUCGCGUUCGGGUCAUAGAAAAUUUGGAUAGUCUUGUCAAUUUAGAGCAACUUUGGCUUGGCAAGAAUAAAAUCACAGAGUUGCAGAAUAUGGAAAAUUUAAGAAAUCUCAAGAUUUUAAGUAUUCAAAGUAAUCGGUUGACUCAAAUUAAAGGGCUAGAAGGACUUAUUAAUUUGGAAGAGGUUUAUCUUAGCCAUAAUGGCAUAAAUGAACUUGAAGGAUUUGAAAAUAAUAUGAAACUAAGGGUAAUCGAUAUUAGUAAUAACAAUAUAAAGAAGAUUGAAAAUAUUGCACACCUGGAAAAUUUGGAAGAAUUUUGGGUGAAUAUUAAUUCGUUAUCUUAUAAUCAUAUCUCUGAUUUUGAAGAUCUUUCGUCACAACUUUCACACCUUGAAAAGUUGACAACAGUUUAUCUGGAAGGGAAUCCUUUACAAAAAGAACAUCAAUCUUUAUAUAGACUCAAAGUGAAAACCUACUUACCUCAGCUUACUCAAAUAGAUGCUACGUAA